AUGGUUGCGCCGGCUGUGCCCGAGCUUACCGAGGAGAUUCUCUCUGAAUCAAUUGAAGCCCGAACCGAAUCCCUCAUCUCCCUUCGGGAGCUUGGCCCUCCCGAUCUUGUCCAUCUCCUGAAGCAGGCCACGAGAAACCCUGGCAAGCAGAUCGGAGUCUACCACCACGUCACCGGCGUCGACGCUUCGUCCUCGGCCAGUCUUGCUGCCUACAUCAACACCCUGACCUACCGCGAGCAUGGCCAGGCUGUGCAAACGAAGAUUUCGGAAGGUCUCUACUGCUGUUACAAUGCCUUCUCUCGACUCGACAUGCGGGUUCAUGUAACGAUCCCUGGAACUGUCGAAAGCUACUGUGUGGACGAGCGAGGCGAGAAGCGCAAGGCGACGGAUGACUUGUGGCUGGAGACCUACCUGUGCAGUGUCCUUCGAGCCUACUCUUACGCGGAUGAUGGUAGCGGAGAGACGAUUCGGAAGAUUAUGGGUGUGCGCAGAUACAACCCUGUUACCAACACCGAAACCGAACACCGCUUCCUCGGCGCCGCCGAGCAGCUUUUCUUCCGAGGUACCCAUAUAUUUGAGAACAUUCAGGGUUUCUGUGCUAAUGGUAUCGUAGGCUGGCAGCUGGGCUCAGACUCUGUCGUUCAAGUGCCGAACAAUGUCUCGAACCACCUGACCGCAGGCCUCUUGAAGUACUUUCAGACCACGGGACGCCAUGCUUCCGGCAUCAACCUCUUCGAGAAACUCAGAGACCAAAACAUCGAGGUCUCCUCCCUCUUGGCCAAGGUCCUCUUUAUGGGCAACGAGGAAGUCCAAGGUGUCAAGGUGCUGCAUCAGGCACUCAAAGAGUCGCCGAUGGACUAUGUUAUGCUCGAUACGCAAGCCGAGUUCCUCCUCAGAAAGGCGCAGACAGCCGCAACGCCAGAGUUGAAGGAAGAGAGACUUCGCUUGGCCCUGGGCUGCGCCGACCGCAGUACCAUUGCCGCUCCUAGUGAAUUCGGCACAUGGGCGAGACUGGCGCAAGUCUACGUGGCAAUGGAGGACUGGGAGAAUGCCCUGACCAUCCUCAACUCUUGCCCCAUGUUCACAUACCAGGACAAGGACGCGCCUCAAAUGCCUGAGCCGAAGGAUGUUCACCUCCCAACUCUUCCCGAGACCCGCUUGGAUGAGAUCGACAGUGAACCCGAGUCUAGAUACUCUGAACAGGUCGAUGCUAGUCUCCUGAACCUUCGUGCUUCGGUUUAUAAGGGAACCUUCAAGCAGGCUUACGGCAUCCUGACCGAGAUGACUUCAAAGAUUGGAUGGGAUCAGCUUCUCAAGAUUAGAAGCACAGUCUUUGUCAUGGAGGACGAAUACCGCUCCGAGAAGCAGGAAACCUCGCAGCCUCAGCGUAACCCCAGCACCGACGGCCUUCGUGGAACCCCAGACCCGACAACAAAUGGCGACCGAUCAGACUCGGAAAGUGACGACGAAGAGGGAGAUGAGGAGAAGAAGGCGAAGCCAGCGGAUACUGAUUCUACUGCCGAGACAUUGGCACCAAAUGGACAGACAGAGGCUGUAGAGAAGCCUACCCAUGCCAUCGACCCCGGUGAACUGAAGGGCGAUGCGGAGAAUGGUGCGCAGACCGACGACCAUCUCUCUAAGCUGAACAACAAGCGGCUUUGCGAGCGCUGGCUUGACAGCCUCUUCAUGGUGUUGUAUGAGGAUCUGCGCGUCUACACGAUCUGGCGCACACAAAUGGCCCAGUAUCGCGCGCAAUCCAUGCAGUAUAAGAAGUCGGCUGAGGAGUGGGAAAUUCUAGGCUCUCUGGCGGAAAGACUUCAACACCCAGAAGAAGCUGUCGAGGCCUAUAGAGCGUGCCUCGCCGCAAGAUUCAGCCCUAAGGCCUUGACUGGCAUCCUUCGCGUGUUUGAGGAGGGCAAGAACACUCGCGAAACGGUCGCGUCGGUCAUUCGUCUCGUCACCUGGCAGUACAGAUGGUACUCUGAGUUCUCACCAGAGCUCCUCCAUACAGUUCGGACACUCAUUGAGGACGAGGGUGCAGUCAAGAUCAGAAGCAUCAUCCAAGCUACCAGCCUCCCUCAGAACGUGCUCGAUCUGACCCAUCACUAUGCUGCACUAUGCGCCACUUUCCGCAGCAGCGGCACCGACGGUUAG